ACAGCCAACUACAUUAGUUAUUCACGCCUUUAAGCUCUGCAAUAUUAGGUAAACAAUGGCUGAUGAGGUGACUCUUCUGGAUUUCUGGCCUAGCCCAUUUGGGAUGAGAUGCAGAAUAGCCUUAGCUGAAAAAGGCAUCAAACAUGAAUACAAGGAGGAAAAUCUUAGGGAUAAGAGCCCAUUGCUCCUUCAGAUGAACCCUGUUCAUAAGAAAAUCCCUGUCUUGAUUCAUAAUGGAAAACCCAUUUGUGAAUCACUGAACAUUGUUCAAUAUCUUGAUGAGACUUGGAAGGUUUCUCCUCUGUUGCCUACUGAUCCUUACCAGCGUGCUCAAGCCAAGUUUUGGGCUGAUUAUGUCGACAAGAAGGUUUACGAAUUGGGUUCAAAGGUCUGGAAGACCAAAGGAGAAGAGCAAGAGACAGCAAAGAAGGAUUUUAUAGAGUGCUUGAAAGUGAUGGAAGGUGAGCUUGGUGACAAGACUUACUUUGGUGGUGAAACCUUUGGGUAUGUAGAUGUGAGUCUUAUCCCAUGGUACUGCUGGUUCUAUGCCUUUGAGACCUGUGGGAACUUUAGUGUUGAAGCUUCUUGCCCCAAGCUGGUGGCUUGGGCCAAGAGGUGCAUGGAAAAGGAGAGUGUCUCCAAGUCUCUGGCUGAGCCUCAGAAGAUCUAUGAAUUUGUUCUGCUACUCCAAAAGAUGUUUCGUAUUGCUUGAGGAAGAAGAGAUUGAGGGACUACUUGAGAUAUUGGAAUCUUAUGUUUCUUUAUUAUAGCAAUAAUAAUGUAUAUCCUCCUCUCUUCUUGCCCUGCAUAGGUGUGGGUCAUGGAGUAUAGUGGAGAUACAGUCAAUGGCAACUAAAAGUUGCCUUUUUGGUUGGUGUGGGUUCCAUGUCUUAUGUUCUUAUUUUAUUAUGGCAUUAAUAGAAGUUGCUUUUUGUGUUUCCAAA